GCGGCCGGAAAGUAAUGAUUUCAGCUGAUUGCACGAAUCCGCGUAAAGGCUGCUUGCGAUGGUGCAAUCUGCAGUGGAAUCAACGUUGUCUGUAAAUGAGAUUUAUGUAUAACAAGCUGAUGGUGACAAGCUGGCUAAGAUAUGUUCGGAUCUCUUUUUGAAACCGAUGGAGAUAAGUUGGAAAACAAGAACUCGGCUGCUACCGUCAGAGUUUCCAAACAGAACAAGUCGAACUGGCCACCUGAACCAAGAGGGCUGACUGGAAUCUGUGGUCUGCAGAAUCAAGGAGCCACUUGUUAUUUGAAUUCUCUACUGCAGACGUUAUUUUUCACUCCAGAAUUUAGAGAUGGUUUGUUGCAGCUUACAUUGGAAGAUCUGAGUUGUGAUUUGAAAGAUGGAACAUAUGCUAAGGUCAGAGUGAUACCACUUCAACUUCAGAAAUUGUUUGCAAAGCUUCUGCUGCUUGAUCAAGAUAGCAUUAACACUUCUGAAUUGACAGAUAGUUUUGGUUGGACAGGAAAUGAGGGAUUUCAACAGCAAGAUGUUCAAGAAUUGAACAGAAUCUUGUUUGGCGCUUUAGAAUCAUCUCUUCUUGGCACCCCAGGAGAAGCUUUGAUCAAGAAUCUGUAUCAUGGAACCUCUGUAACAAAGGUAACUUGUCAAGAAUGUUGGAAAAUCAGUGAAAGAGAAGAGGAUUACCUUGACCUUCCAUUAAUUCUCUCUGGGUGCAAAGACUUGGAAGAGAGUCUUUCUAUGAGUUAUGUUGCCAUGGAGAUUUUGGAGGGAAGAAAUCAGUAUAAGUGUGGAUCAUGUAACAAGCUUGUCAAUGCUAUAAAGGGGUGUAACAUAAGUACAGUGCCUCCCAUCCUGACGUUUUCAUUGCUGAGGUUUGAUUAUGAUUUUCGAAGAGGUGAACGGUUUAAGGACUGUAAAAGAUACUCCUUUCCAUUCACAUUGAACAUGAAAGAAUUUUGUGAAUCAAGUGAUGCUGUUGGAGCAGAUCAAGAAUAUGAGCUGUUUUCUGUUGUCAUUCAUGGAGGUAGUUGUUAUGGAGGACACUACCACGUGUAUAUUCGUGAUGUUGAAGGAUUGCGAACCUGGCAUCCACCUGUAAAGGAGCAAAUGAAAGUUGUCAGAGAAAAUGAUGGUGGUGAGAAAGAUUUCAUGAACUGUGGUAACCCUGUGGACUUGAUUAUCAGUCUACUGAAGAAGCUUGGUGGUGCCGCAUCUGUCAAUCAGUUAUUUCAGUGUAUGUCAAAGGAAACAGGGAUUUCUUGGAAUAAGUGUUUUAAAAGUCAGUAUGGACCUCUAACAAAGUUCUUCAAGAAGCACUCUGAUGUGUUCAGGUUCAGUGAUGCAGCAGGUUAUGUUUCACUACAAAAUGGUAACAAUGGAAAUUCCAGCAGCCCAUCAACAGCACUGGUCCAACAACAAGCUGAACACAGGAAACUUGAAGAUGAUGUUCCUAAAAGAAACUGCCAAGCUGUAGUGGUCGAUGGAAGUUUGUCUGAGCAUGGACAUCACUGGUUUGACAUAAAUGAUUCAAGGAUAUCUUGUAUUCAUGAGAAAGACCUCCAACGUCAGUUUGCUGGAAAGGAAAGUGCCUAUAUGCUGUUUUACAGAAGGAAAAACCUUCCUGCCUGUGUGGAAGAUCCAGUUCUCUUGGUCCCUGCUCCCAUUAGAGCUGAGAUUGACAAACUAAAUGAAGAUUUAGUAAAGCAGAGAAAAGAAUAUGACCGUCAUCUAAAUGAAAUUUCUGUUGGUGUGCAUUUUGGAGACAACUAUUCAGUGACAGACAGUGUCCUGCAUCUUAAACAGGGAGUAUCUGGUGAACCACUGAUUAUGUUACUGGAUAGGAGAAAGCCUGUAAAUGAUCUCUUACAAACUGUUCUUAAGCUUGACCCACCUGGAAAUAAUUCAGAAUGUAACACUCUUCACAUUGCUCGACCAUUACCAUCAGGUCUCCAUCUCUUUGAAGAACUAACAGAAUAUCCAGAAAAGUCUCUUAUACAAAGUGGAGUGAGUGGAGGUACAGAUGUAUUUCUAUGGAAUGGAAAAGAGGUUGAUGGAUACUCAGUGUAUCCAGGAGAAGACUCGACACCAGUGCUGCUCAACAUACUAUAUUCAACGUUUCAGCUGCAAGAUGCAGUUGAAAUUCAGAAGCAUCAUUUUAGAAAGAACACAACAGUGGGAGAAAUGAAGAUUAAGUUGUGCGAUUCUGUUGGUACAAAUCAUCAAGAUUUGCGUCUAAGCUGGGUGAAGUCAAAAGGUAAAACCAAGCAAAUAAUCCCUUUAGAUUCUGAUCAGGAUAGUAAUACGCUGAACGAAAUCGGUCUACAAGAUGGCGACCAAUUGGUGGUUAGAAAACAUGAUGGAGCGCAAUCCAGUGAACAGAGUAUGCCUCCAUUAGCUUCUGAAGGAAAGGAGAAAGCUACCAGUCUGCUGUCCUUUGUGGUUGAGAAUAGGUGUUUGAUGCGAGAGUCUAAAGAACUGGUCGACAAUGACAGUAGUAAAGGUUGGCCAGUUUUGUCCGUUAAGGUUCAUAAAGGGCAGACUGUUGGUGAUCUCAAAGCCAAAGUUCUGGAACGUACAGACUGUAAUGGUGUCUCAGAAAACGCAUGUCGUCUACGGUCAGAUGGCGAUUAUCAAGGUCUUAGUGCUCCAUUGUAUGAACAUGAAACUUUGGAGAAGUCUUCGCUCAAUGAAGGUCAGCGGCUUGUAUUGGAGCAUGCGCCCCCUCUUCUUCAAGGGGAAAUCAUGAUCCGUUACUUCAUAUGUUCCUCCACACAUACCAGCAGGAAAGAAGAGGAACAAACUGUUCUUAAAACGUGCACCAUUCGUAAGUGUCUACAACUUUUGAUGGAAAAUUCUAACCUACAAGGAGCGACCUGGCAUUUAAGGAAAACUGACUGGAUCGGUGAACCAACUGACGUGUUAGACAACGAGGACGAGACGCUGGAGAAUGAAAAUAUUAAAAAUGGCGACACUCUCAUUGUUGAAGAGGGAAGGAUUCCCCCAAAGGGGUUCAUUCGUCUUAAGUUAUGGCAAAAAAUCAGUGGUAAGGCAAAAGGCCAACAUCUUGGAGGGGUUUUAAACUGGAUUACAUCUGGUGUACAAGGUCUCUUUGGUUCGUCCGCAGAGGAGAAAUUAGGUUAUGAUGGCAACGCAGAGGGUAGCGAUUCAUUGGAACCUUUGGGUGAUGUGGAGAUAUCCAAGGAAUCUUCGCUAUAUGAUCUAAAGCUGCACAUAAGUCUUAUGUCACAGCUAUCAGAUCACGUGAUCCCAACACCGUCAUUUGUCAGACUUCAGGAAAUCGUAGACAAUCACGCAACACGAGUUCUUAGAGGAGAAAAUCGAACUUUGAGGCAGCUAAAACUGACUUCAUCUACGCAGCUGUCUGUGUGUGUUCUUCAAAAUGAAGAGGAUUUAAGUGCUUCUGCGGUGCUGUUAAGGUUAAAGAAAAGAGUACCAGGAGAGAGGAAUUACUAUGGCGAACAAGAGGUGAUAUUUGAGCCUUCAGGUGGCGCUUCUCCCGAGUCCUUACGUUACUUUUUGGGCAGAGUUUGGGAUAUUCCUCUUGAAAGACUUAACGUGGCCAAAUAUCUAAGAGGCAAAUAUGAAUGGUUGGUUAUUAAAGACACUGGUGUUACUCAGCGACAGAACAAGAAAAAGGGCGGAAAAAAGAAAAUCAAUCUGCGACAGUCUCCUUUUAAUCUUCAAGAUGGGGAUGUUAUUGGUGUCAAGGAUUGUCAAUCCGAUUCAGAAGACAGAGAUGAUUUCAGUACACUAGCAGAUGAUGAAGGAAAAGAAAAACUUAAAAGGGAAGAGGAGGAGAAAAAGAGGAGGAGAAAAGAUAAGGGAGCAAGGCGACCCGAGGUUCCGCUCUGCAUUCGUGUGGAUGACUUUAGAUAGCAUAUCGACCGUACCUG